UUCCGGGAGGAGGGUACUUUGGGGGUUGAAGCUCCUCUCCUCUCUUAAGUCGUCCUAGGGUUCUUCAUAUGAGAAACAGAAAACGGGUUUGGGGGUGUUGCCUACUUAUAUACACACCUCCACGCCCGCCUUUGUAAUAUUUUCUGGAGCUAUGGAAAAAGUGCCUUUGGGAGACUCACUUCAUUGCUGGGGAAAAGGUGGUGUGGUGUGUUUUUUUUAGAGAAGACUUACGGGGCUGGUGUGAGAAACACAGCAUUUACAACCCCCCCUCGCCGAGUCAUGUUGACUUAGCCAAAGUCUUCCGACCCCGUAGCCUCCUAAAGCAGUAUCUUAGGGGGGCAUCGCAAAAGGUUAGCCUGGCAGAAAUUAGAAGAUGGAUAUCCGACCAAACCACACACUUUAUAUCAAUAAUGUUAAUGAUAAAAUUAAAAAGGAAGAAUUGAAAAGAUCUCUAUAUGCACUGUUUUCCCAGUUUGGCCAUGUAGUGGACAUUGUGGCUCUAAAGACGAUGAAGAUGAGAGGACAGGCCUUUGUUAUAUUUAAAGAGCUUGGCUCAUCUACCAAUGCCCUCAGACAGUUGCAAGGUUUUCCAUUUUAUGGUAAACCAAUGCGCAUUCAGUAUGCGAAAACAGACUCUGAUGUAAUUUCUAAAAUGCGUGGUACGUUUGCUGAUAAAGAAAAGAGAAAAGAGAAAAAGAAGACCAAGUCCUUAGAACAGUCUGCUAAUGCUGCAAAUAAAAAGUCAAAUCAGGGAGCAAACCAGAAUUCAGCAAAUGCCCAAGCAAACUCACAGAAUCAACAGGUGCCUGAUAAUCCACCAAACUAUAUACUUUUCCUCAACAACUUGCCAGAAGAGACAAAUGAAAUGAUGUUGUCAAUGUUGUUUAAUCAGUUCCCGGGUUUCAAAGAAGUGCGUCUGGUACCUGGCAGACAUGACAUCGCAUUUGUGGAGUUUGAAAAUGAAGGACAGGCAGGAGCUGCUCGGGAUGCCCUCCAAGGAUUUAAAAUUACCCCUUCACAUGCAAUGAAAAUAACUUAUGCCAAGAAGUGAGGGAACUAAACUAGGAUCCUCGAAGGACUUGCUUAGUUAGGUUUUUUUUUAAAAAAAACAAACAUGCUAUGAGUAUUUUUGAUAGAUUGAAGUGUGAUUUAUUAAAAUUAAGGAAACUUCUUGUAUGACAUUAGUAGAGGUUAGUCAAUAGACACAUGUAAGAACUCUAAGCGCAUUCAAGGAAUGCUAACUGCACUGAAAGCUGUUAAAUUUUGUUGAUGUACAUAAGUCAGUUUUAUAUACUGUGAACAUGGGGUCUUCACAUUGACAUUCUCUUUAAGAAAAGUUACCUGUUGAGGAAUAAAGCUGUAUUUUCUUUCGAAACAGAAA